AAAUGAAAUGAAGACGCAAGGUAAAUUAAGAAGAGGAAAGAAAGAAGAAUAGGUUGUGUUGCGUUUUGAUCUUGGUUGGGUGUGUGAGGUGUGAAAAUGUCGCACGGCGAUACCAUACCCCUUCACCCAUCUUCUCAGUCCGACAUCGACGAGAUCGAGAACCUCAUCAAUGCCUCCGUCCACCAGUCAGUCCCUCCGGCGAGGCCCCCCAGUCCCCCACGCGCCUCCAUCCCUGUCUCCGUCUCCUCCGCCCCCUCCGCCUCCCCCUCCCCCUCUCCCUUCCUCUCCUCCUCCCUCCCUCCGCUCCCCAAAUCCUCCUCCUCCGCCGUCCCUCCGCCCCCUCCCCCGCCCUCCGGCUUCGGCCCCGCCCCCAACACCCUCACUGAGCCCGUGUGGGACACCGUCAAGCGCGAUCUCUCUCGAAUCGUUAGCAAUCUCAAGCUCGUUGUCUUCCCUAACCCUUACCGCGAGGACCCCGGUAAGGCCCUCAGGGAUUGGGAUCUGUGGGGCCCUUUCUUCUUCAUCGUCUUUCUCGGCCUCACCCUCUCUUGGUCCGCUUCUGUUAAAAAGUCUGAGGUUUUUGCUGUUGCAUUUGCUUUACUAGCUGCUGGCGCUGUAAUUUUGACACUGAAUGUACUUCUUCUGGGUGGACACAUUAUUUUCUUUCAGAGUCUGAGUCUGUUGGGCUAUUGCCUGUUCCCUCUGGAUGUUGGUGCAUUAAUUUGUAUGUUGAAGGACAAUGUCAUAGUGAAAGUGGUUGUGGUAUGUGUGACAUUGGCUUGGAGUUCUUGGUCUGCAUACCCUUUCAUGAGUUCUGCAGUCAAUCCCAGGAGAAAAGCUCUUGCACUCUACCCAGUUUUUCUCAUGUAUGUAUCUGUUGGUUUUCUCAUCAUUGCCAUUGACUAAAUACACUAUGCUUCCGAUUUCUUUAUUCCGAUAACCACUUGGAAUCUGCUUCUAAAUAGGAAUUUUUGUUUGAUGAUCAACCUUUUUUCUUUUAAUUCUUUUCUGCCCGUCCUUUUUUCUGUUUAAAAUUUGGUUAGAUAUAUUUGGAUACAGACACAUGUAUAAUAUUACGUGGAAAGCAUAUGGUGGAAACAAACUUGAUACAUAAGUAUUGUUUUCUAUUACA